AGCGACAGUUGGCGAUAUGUGAUCAUGACGAGAUGUUCUAGCAGUCAAUUUCAACGAAACGUACUGAUAAGAGCUUCAUAAAAACUCCGCUUUUAUGGUACGAAAUUUGACAGUUUGUCUGAAAUAUCAAACUGGUGCUCGUAGCUGACUUACUAAUUUCUACUGUCCGUCUUGUGUGGCUAUGGACUUCGACUGGGGUUAUGUUUUUAUCAUAGCGUUGUGGGCAUUUUUUCCGGGCGCUAUCGCAUUAGCUGGGUCGAUCUUCUUCCUAUUUUUACGCAGCAGGCAGAAGAAGGCUAUCACAGAAGCACCACCACGACCAAACGUCAAUUGGGAUAAGCAAUCCCUGCCUGUAAAGGGUGAACCAGGUGUUUACAAAUGCGGAUUGCUUACCAAUGACAACGAAAAUGUGGUCGAACGCAUCUACCCGGAAGUGGUGACACUUUAUGAUGCUUUUCUGUAUGGUAUGAAGAAAUCCAACGAUGCUGAUUGUCUUGGAAAACGGGGACCUGAUGGGAAAUUCUAUUUCCGCAAAUAUUCGGCAAUUCUGAAAGAUUCAGAAUAUUUUGCAUCCGCCUUGUUUGGAGAGCUCGAUCUAAGGCCGGGUGAUAAAAUCGGUAUCUACUCGCAGAAUCGCCCAGAAUGGAUCAUUACAGCCUUGGGCUGCAUGCAGCAGUCUGUGAUUCUAGUUCCUCUUUAUGAUACGUUAGGUGCUGACGCUGCCUCAUUUAUUGUCUCACAGACUGAAAUCAGCGUUGUUCUGGUUGAUAGUGUGGCGAGGGCAAAGAAUUUGUUAUCAAAAAAGGAUUCAAUGCCCUCAUUCAGAACGAUCAUCAUGGCGGAGAAAAAAGAGAUUACCGAUGAGUUGACCAAGGAGACGCAGUUGCAUGGGAUUAGGUUGAUGUCCUACGAAGAUGUUCUUCACGCAGGAAUAAAAAAUCCCAAGCCAAAACAUCUGCCAAACAAAGACAAUAUCUACAUCAUUUGCUACACUUCUGGAACAACUGGAAGACCGAAAGGAGUCAUUUUAACGCACAAGAAUGUUAUGGCUAAUGUCAGCUCUUUUGUGUACAUGGCCACAACACUUGAUCCAGGGCUACUUGAUGAGGAUAUUCUAGUUUUAUCGUACCUACCAUUAUCGCACAUGAUGGAGCAAGUUUGUCAUUGGGUAUUGCUUAUGCAUGGGUUUCGUAUCGCUUACUACAGCGGGAGCAUUCCACGUCUUACUGAGGACAUUGCGGCUUGUGUCCCUACAGCUUUGAUGGUCGUGCCAAGAAUACUAAAUAGACUCUACGCUGCAAUCCAGGCUAAAGUUGAAGGAAGUAUCUUUUCGAGAGCGAUUUACAGCAUUGCCUAUUCGCAGAAGUUUGAGCUUAUGAAACAGGGCAUAUUCACAAAGGACACAAUCUGGGAUAAAUUUGUUUUCAACAAAGUUCAGAAACAAUUGGGUGGUAAAAUCGGUUUCAUGAUGGCCGGUUCCGCUCCUCUUUCGGAGCAAGUUCUGCAAACAUGCCGAAUUGCUUUGGGUGCAAAAAUAGCUGAAGCUUACGGUCAAACAGAAACCACAGCCAUUGCUACUCUAAGCUGGCUUGGUGACUGGACUGGAGGUCACUGUGGAGGAGUUUCAACAUGCUGUAAUAUAAAGCUUAUUGACGUUCCUGAAUUAAAUUACUAUGCCAAGGAUGGCAGAGGAGAGAUUAUGAUUCGAGGGCCGAGCGUUACUCAAGGCUAUUACAAGGAUCCUGAAAAGACUAAAGAGCUUUUUGCCGAGGAUGGAUUCAUACAUAGCGGAGAUAUUGGCGAACUUCAGCCAAAUGGCACAAUAAAAAUUAUAGACAGAGCGAAACAUAUAUUUAAACUAGCACAGGGUGAGUACGUGGCUCCAGAGAAAAUAGAAAACAUAUAUAUUCGCAGUCCAGUAGUACAACAAGUGUUUGUUGAUGGUAAUAGUUUAGAAAGGUAUCUUAUUGGUGUAGUAGUUCCUCAACCCGAAGUUAUGGAAGAAUGGAAUAAAGAGAAUGGCGUAGAAGGCCGCACCUUGCAGGAGAUUUACGAGGACAAAAAAGCACAAGAAUAUGUGCUCUCGAAACUACAAGAAAUAGGAAAAGAGAACAAACUCAACUCUAUAGAGCAGGUAAAACGAGUAUAUUUGGAGAUGGACCCAUUCACUGUAGAAAAUAAUCUACUCACGCCUACAUUGAAAGCCAAGAGGCCCCAAUUACGACAGAAAUAUAAGGAUAUUAUGAAUAAGAUUUAUGAGCAGAAUAGAAAUUCGUAGUGGUUUUAUUAUAAGUAUAUAAAAAGUUGAUACUACAUCAUUAGCGUUAUGUAAUUUAUUUAGUGUGCUCCUAGUACUCUGAAAUAAACUGCUAUAGU